CCUAAUAAAUCCUCACAGAAUGGCCGGCGCCAAAAGCACCCAUCUCACAUUCUCUCUCUCUAUCUUGAAAUUCAAGAAAGAUCAAGUAUCGAAAAUGUUUGUUUGUUCAUUGUUGGAAUGAAGAAGGUUUCGGUUUCAAGCUUCGAGACCAGGUUCGGAUCUGUUCUGGUUCUCAUACAUUUUCAAAUCUCUUCAAGAUUGUAGAAGAAGAAGAAGCGAAGAGAAGAAUGAGUGGAGCGAGACUCUGCGCUUUGUUGGGGGAAUUGGGUUACGAAGGACACGGGUCAUUGGACCCAGACAGUUUCGAAUGGCCAUUUCAGUAUGACGACACUCGACCCAUCCUGGAUUGGCUCUGCUCCAGCCUCCGUCCAUCCAACGUCCUCUCACCGUCCGAGGUUUCUCAGUAUGAGCAAUUCCUACAAGAAGGGAAACUAUUGGAGGGGGAGGACUUGGAUUUUGCUUAUGAUAGCAUAUCGGCCUUUUCAAGUAGGAGAGACAAUCAGGAGGCAGUUUUUGGAACUGAAGAAGGAUUGAAAGAAAUACGGGAUGCUACUGUAGCUUAUAAAGCUGAAGCUUCGGCAUUGCAGAGACAACUUAAGCAUCUGCAGUCUCAAUUUGAUAUGCUUACUGGCCAGGCUUCAGCUUUGAUGCAAGGAAGGCGGGCACGAGUUGCAGCAACAUCUGCUGUCAAUACUCAACUUACUAAUGUAGAUGAUAGUUUAUCGGCAAGAAAUUUAGAGAUGAAUGCAGUUCUUGGAAGGAUUGCUUCUACUGCUCAAGAGUUGGCCCAUUAUCAUUCAGGGGAUGAAGAAGGCAUUUACUUAGCAUAUGCUGAUUUUCAUCCCUAUUUGCUUGAGGAUGCAUCUUGUAUAAAGGAGCUGAAUCAAUGGUUUGCUAAGCAACUGGACACGGUUCCAUAUCGGUUAGUCGCUGAGGAGGGAAAAGCUAAAUGUUCAUGGGUGAGUCUUGAUGACAUUUCAAAUAUUCUAGUAAGAGCAGAUAUGGAAAAAUCCCAUCAUCAACGGGUAUCUGAAUUGCAACGGCUUCGCUCUAUAUUUGGAACGAGUGAAAGACAGUGGGUGGAAGCCCAAGUUGAGAAUUCUAAGCAGCAAGCAAUUCUCAUGGCACUUAAAUCUCAAGUAACUUCAGAUGAAGCCCAUAUUCAUCUUGAUCUUCAUUCGCUACGGAGAAAGCAUGCUGAAUUGGUGGGGGAACUUUCAAAUCUUCAUCACAAAGAAGAGAAAUUGUUAUCUGAGACAAUUCCAGUCCUUUGUUGGGAGCUGGCUCAACUUCAAGACACAUACAUUUUGCAAGGUGACUAUGAUUUAAAGGUCAUGCGCCAAGAUUACUAUAUUAAUCGGCAAAAAGCAUUCAUAAAUCAUCUGAUUAAUCAGCUUGCAAGACAUCAGUUUCUAAGAAUAGCUUGUCAGCUUGAAAAAAAGACCAUGCUUGGCGCAUAUUCACUGCUUAAAGUUAUCGAAUCAGAGCUUCAAAGUUACUUGUCAGCAACCAAAGGCCGAGUGAGUCAUUGUUUAGCGUUAAAUCAAGCUGCGAGUGAUGUACAUGAACAAGGAGCGGUGGACGAUCGGGAUACUUUUCUCCAUGGUGUUAGAGACCUCUUAAGUAUUUAUUCAAAUGCUCAAGCUGGUUCAUCAACAUAUGUAUCGGCGCCGGGUAUUGUUCAGCAGAUAUCUACCCUUCAUUCAGAUUUGAUGACCCUGCAGUCUGACCUAGAAAAUGCCCUUCCAGAGGACAGAAACAGAUGCAUUAAUGAGCUGUGCACUCUAAUUCAAAGUUUGCAGCAACUACUAUUUGCGUCAUCAACAACUGCACAACCAAUACUGACACCUCGGCCAUUAAUGAAAGAGCUUGACGAAAUGGAAAAGAUCAACGCGAAGCUCUCAGCUGCGGUUGAAGAAGUCACGCUUGAGCAUUGUAAGAAGAAUGAGAUUGUAAAACAUCACUCUCAAGAGUUGGGGCUUCAGAGGCGGGUUUUUGUUGAUUUUUUCUGCAAUCCUGAGCUUUUGAGGAGUAAAGUUAGAGAGUUGACUGCUAGAGUGAGGGCUUUGCAAGCUUCAUGAUUUAGUUAUAUACAAUCAAUAUGUGUAAUUGUAUUUCUCCCGUUUAAUGAAGCGGUGUGAGAGAGAUUAUGUUCAAUACUGCAAAGUGUUAAUUGAUGCAUUGCCGGUGUUCAGGUGGCACUCUGUACAUGCUAUAGUUGUAUAAAGCUUCAAAGUUUGGUCA